AUGGAAGACCCCGAGAAUUCAUCUGUAAGCAAGCGAGUUUCUUUAAGAGGAACUGAAGAGAGUGGUUGGACAGCUUAUUUGGAGGAUUUUGCAUUCAGCCAAAACUCAUAUUCCUUGGACAGUUUUAGCAGUCCUUCUUUGGUUUCUGAUGCUGCAUGGAAUGGCCCUAAUAAUAAUGAUCAAGUUAUCCGCGAUGGCUCUCAAUUUCCUAGGAGAUUGAAAUUCAAGAACACAAAUAGUAAGAUAUUUUCAAGUGAUGAUUUGGAGGAUACGGCUAGUUCUCCAGUCAACAGCCCUAAGAUUAGCAGUUUGAAGCCCAGAAAUGUCAGUUAUAAAAGAUCAGAAGGCGGCUCCAAUAAUUUCUCAAUACAAAGAACAGAUGAGAGAGACGAAAUGAAUUUUGCUGAUGGAAAAAAUAGUGAGUAUAUGGAGCAAAAGNAGUGA